AUGAGAUACACGGGUCUCUGUCUACUGGCUUCAGCGUUGAACACCGCCGUCGCCUACGCAUCGACAGACGACAGCAACACCUCGGUGAACUCCGGCGGACAGAAGGUCAUCAUCGAGAAUGAUUGGAACUCGGGCUCGGCGGGCCAGUUCCUCAUGGCUCUCGACUAUGGGUGGCAUGUGCUUGGGCUGGUGGGCGACACUUCCGACUCGUGGGCCAUGCACUGCAGUUACAUGGCACUGGCUCUCCUCGAGAUCGGCAACCUUUCCUGCAUCCCUGUGCACAAGGGCUCCGACUACCCUCUCCUGAUGACGCCCAAGCUCAUGCAGACUUACCAGACCCUUCAGGGACAGCUGCCAUGGCGAGGUGUCUUCAAGCCGUAUAACGAGACGGCUGAGAAGCUCGGUGCCGACCCAACUGACGGAGAUCCAAGCCGCGUCAACCGAGCUGCUUUUGUCCAAGGAUAUCCUAACAAGACGUUGGCUGGUGUGAAUGCAGCAGCCUGGAUGGUCGAGCAGGUCCACAAGUACCCAGGCGAGGUCAGCAUCUACAGUGGUGGCGCAUUGACCAAUAUCGCCAUGGCUGUCAGGAUGGACUCUGAAUUCGCCUCGCUGACGAAGGGGUUGUACAUCAUGGGUGGCUUUAUUGACACAAACCUCCUCAUGACCAGUGGGAACUCGAACCAGGCCGACAUCAACACAGACUUCAACUUCAAGGCAGACCCUGAAGCUGCCAAGAUAGCCUUGACGGCAGACUUCCCCAACAUAACCCUUGUCUCGGCCGCAUCAAACGCGAUAUUCCCAGAUGAUGCAUACCUGGAUGACGUAGACAAAGUGGACAAUGUGUACACGAAUCUGGCCCGUGAGGUGACGCAAACCUAUCUACCGUUCUGGGAUGAAGGGACCAUGAUGGUGAUGCUCGACCCCAGCACAGUCCUGAACCAGACAUCCUUCUACGUGAAUGUCGAUACCUCGUACUACAGCCCAACCUACGGUAACAUCUGGGGCCACCAGAAGGAAUUUGUGCCUGCGAUGCAAGACCUGAGGGAGGUCAACUACGUGUAUGCGAUUAACGCAACAGCCAUGCGAACGGCUCUGAAACGCGCCCUGCAGAAUCCAAAGACCUGUCCUUGA